AAUGUCAUAUGCACGCGAUCCUGUUAUUAAAAUUUUGUUUAUAAGUAAAAGCACGACUAGGAACCCUUGCUACAAUUUCACGAGUUACAAUGGCGGAAUUUUUAAUUAAAUCUGUUCCAAAUUUUGCCUUGGUUUCAACUGUUUUACUGAUAUGUGGUGUUUGUGGGGAGCAUCCAACAGUCUAUAUCACACACGAAUGUGGAAAAAUCGUGAAAAUCUCUGAUGAAACCAUCGUGGAGCUUGGUCCUGGGUCUAUAACUACAGGCAUCACUGACUGUAGAAUGGAUAUCAGGCCGAUCAUUACCAAAAGGACUGAUCAUACAGAAAUAGUCCAGUCAGGGGUAGUCCUAUCCAUUGAUUCCAUAAGACUGUCACGAAAAACCGCAGGGAGAUGCUUAGAUAAUAGCAUCGACAUUUAUGACGGAGCUAAAAAAUUGAACAAGGAGCCUUUAUGCGGGCGGUAUUUGGAUCAAAGCAUUUUUUCCACCGAUAGUACCGCUCACCAUGAGAUGGGAAUAGAAUUGAAAUCAAACUCAAGGCAGAAGAAAAUCCAAUUUAAGGCAUUUGCUACUCCAUUUCACAAAGCGCCCUGCUAUUCCGACGAGUUUUCCUGUGAGAAUGGUCGCUGUAUCGCCAUCGGUCUCAUCUGCAACACCCAUAACAACUGCGGGGACGGCAGCGAUGAGUUCGAUGCACUCUGUAACGCGCUGCACCUCACAACUGCCGCGAUUGUUGGCAUCGUCUUCGGAGUUUUCUUCGGUGUCUUCAUGAUUCCUGCCCUUGUCAUCUGGCUGUGCUGCAGGAUGAUGAGGCGCCGCCGCCUCAUGUAUCGGCGAAUAUAAACUGUUUCGUAAGUUUGCGAAUCUGACUUUAGUUUAAGUUUCUCUUAUGAACAACGUAUUGAACUUUUUUUUUUCUUUUUUUUUGUAUUCAUUUUUUUAAUUUGUGAUAUGUAAAUUGAGUAAUCCAACUUCAGAUUUCUGUAAUUAUUUUACAUUUUGUACUUUAUAAAGUUUAAGUUCCCCUGGUACUAGUAUAUACAGUGCUUGCUUUUGUAAUUCAACAUGCCUCAGGGUAACAAGUUACUUUGUCGCUCCCUUUGACUUUUUUAAAGUAAAAAUUUGCAUAGUUAUACUUCUAUACUACAUGUACUUCGUCUUAAUAAAAAGUCCUGCCCUCUGGUAAUUAGAAUCUUUUUUACUCCUUACAUGAUAUAUUU